UUUACACACUUUCUUUCUAUUUUCAUAGAAAUUGCCAUUACCCCAAUAUAGUGACUUGCAUGUGGUACUUUCGGGCGCCAAUCCCCAUUUAGUCGGCCCCCAUGGGAGGGAAAACCAAAAAAGAAAAGUUUCUUCUUUUAAGCUAUCUGUACUUUCCUCUGCAGUAGCAGAAUUUAUGCCACAGUCCAGAAUAUCAUUAGAUUUCCACUGCAGAAAUUUGACGUAGUCAGAUGAUCUUUUUGUAGACAAAACUCAUUCUAGCAUUUGCAGAUUCUUGGUACUUUACUUGUUAUAUAGUAUGGCAUUUGGAAAAAAAGAUUUUAUUUUUCCCUUUGUUAUUCUGAGGUUUUGAGUUCUUGAAAAAUAAUUUGAUCUUUAGUUGUUUUUGGGAGCUUAAGUCAUUUUGGAGUUUUCAGGGGUUUAAGGGUUUUUUGGUUAUUUACUAAGUAGUGUGGAGUAUAUGAAUGGAGGAGGAGGAGUUAGUAAUUCUGAAGCUCCUGAAAGCUACAGAGUGGCCCCAAGGAUUGAAAGUAUUACUAAUAAUGAGUUUAGUGGAUCAGUUGUAGUAGCAACACCAGUGAGUGUGGCAGCUACUUCAACAGAAGAGAAGAAGAAGAAGAAGAAGAAAAGGGGAAGAUCAGGAAGUAUGGACCAGAUGGUAAAGUGGCCGCGGUUGCAUUGUCACCAAUGCCAAUAUCAGCUUCAAUUUCCCUUCCUGGAAAUUUUUCACCUUGGAAAAACAGUGGAAGUCGCCCCGUUGAUUCUCUUUAGAAAAAGAACAAGUUUAAGGUCGAAACUCCAGGUGAGAGGAUGGAAUACUUUGUCGGUGCAAAUCUUGCCGCGCAUGCGAUCAUUGUUAAUGCUGGCGAGGAUGUCAGCAUGAAGAUAAUUUCAUUUGCUCAACAAGAACCUAGAGCUAUUUGUGUGCUGUCUGCAUGUGGUGCAAUUUCAAGUGUUACACUUCAUCAGACUACUUCUGGUGGAACUUUGACCUACGAGGGUCGUUAUGAUAUUCUCUCUCUGGAGGGAUCAUUUAGGCCAAGUGAUGAUGGAGUAACAAAAAGCAGAUCUGGUGGACUGAGUGUCUCUCUUUCAGACCCUGAUGGUCAGGUUAUAGGAGGAGCAGUUGCAGGCUUGUUGGUAGCCGAUAGCCUCGUUCAGGUUAUUGUUGGUUGCUUUCCAACCGGUCACCAGCUGGAGCAGAAUCGAGAGCAUGCAGCUGCUCUUACCGCUAUUCCUGCCCCUCCCAUUUCUGAAGAAGGAACUGAUGGAGCUUACGCUGCUGGGCUAAGUCCCAAUGUUGCUGUUCCUGGGAACAACUUAAUGCCUGGAGAGGAAGCUAACCAGCAGAGCCCGUCGUCCUGAUUGGACCGGCUGUUGUAUUUGUGGUACCUUAUGCUAAAUUGUUAGCUUACUUGAAGCAUAAACACAAGGAAUUCCACCGCGUGGGUUCUGAAUAUCUGGCGGAACACAUUUUGUUUUCUUGAAUAUCGUCAAACUCUAUACAAGAUUGAAAGAUGAUAAAUUUCUAUAGAAUACCAAACAAACAAGAGAUCCCUAUUGAAAGAUAAUGGAGGAUGUGUUACUGGAGCAAAUUCGGAUCCCAAUCCAACAUCCUUUGCCGGAAAAUUAUAGUGUUUAUAUAGGUCAAAUACUACUUUAAAUGAUUAUAUGUUAUAUUUUGAACAUCCUUAAUACAGUUGGGCGAGGUAGCCUAGCGGUCUAAGGUGUUUAAAUUGAGAUGUUCAUGGAUUCAGAUCCAUGUCUAAAUAUUUUUA